AUGGCGAUGCUGCUCGUGCUGUGGAGCGCGUGUUGCAGCAGCUUUGCGCAGAGGCAAGACCAGAAAGACGGAGUAACAUCUCAUCCCUCGCGCAUCACGACUAAAAAUCUUCCGUCUCGUUUGUCUGAGAGAGAUUCGGACAGCGGCACUGCAAAAGCUUUAAUCCAUGUUACUCCAGCCAAACCAGCACUGAGGAAACCUUCCAAACCACAGCUCAAAGUCCAAAGCACCCUGAGAUCAAACUAUGACAUAAAUUGCACGUCGAGUGGAAACCCUGCACCACAAAUCAGCUGGUUCCGUGACAGGAGUCUUAUCCAGCAAUCAAAUGAGGAGAAGAACGGAGACUGGGCUUCCAGCGUAAUCGAAGGCUAUGGGUAUCACCAUGUAGAUUUGACCUGUUGUGCCAGAAACUCAAAAGGAGAGGAGUGCACUCAGCUCUAUGAUUAUGAUCUGGGUAGUAACAGUACAAACAAAGAGGCUUCGCUGGUCAUGCUGAGACCUGGCGACACGCUCUUGCUCCGCUGCAGGUGGGAUGGAAUGGACUGGAAAGUUAUACAGUGGUACUUCAAAAACGUCACGGUCAAAAGCGUGAGGGUUAGAACUGUCCAGACCUUCGCACAGUAUUUGCUCAUUGACUCAGUGAGUGAAGAGAACAGUGGAGUGUAUGAAUGCAAGAGCGAGGACAAAGUCAAGUCCGUAACCGUUGAAGUGUUGGAUCACGAUUUCAUCAACGUACUGGAAAUCAACGCAGACAACAACAUCGCGGCCGAGGAGAAAGCGGAAUUCUGCUUCCAGGUUCAGGUUUUCUCCCACCCUCGUGUCCGCUGUCACUGGACUUCUCCCGCCGGAACGGUUCUGGAAAGCAGCCAGUCCAAUGAGCGCUGGGGAAACAGCACUUUUAAGCUGUGUAAUCCCGAUCCCGGUGAGUACCGGGUAAACCUGAGGACGGAAAACAUCAGCAGGUCUGAAAAACUCUCCCUGUGUGUGACAGACUUUCCGGUCGUUCGUGUGUCUCAAGAUGAAGACCACGUCAACUGUAUGAUCAACAGCUCGGUACCCCUGGACGUUACCUGGACGAUUGAGCCGGACCCUACUGGGUCUUCCACUUCUGUGCCCCCGAAAGUGAUUUCUCAGGUGCCUGAGAAACAUGAAGACUUGAAGGAGUAUUGCCAUAGAUGGAUGAGGGCUUCGAUUCCACGCAGUGAAGCUGCAGGCAAACUUGUCAAAUGCUGUGCCAACAAUAAAGCAGGCCAGCGCUGUAGUGAGUUUAUACUGGUAAAGAAAGAUACCAGGGCGCUGAUGGUGGCCUGCUGUGUUCUUAUGAUGGGGGUUAUCCUCCUCACAGCUCUUCUGUUCUACUUUGUCAAGAAGAAGAAACCUGUUUACCAAAGCCAGCUCCAGAUCAUUCAGAUGAUGGGUCCGUCCGACAACGACUACAUCUACAUCGACUUCAAGGACUUCAAAUAUGAGCAGAAAUGGGAAUUCCCUCGGGAGAACUUGGAACUGGGGAAGGAGCUGGGCUCCGGUGCCUUUGGGAAGGUGGUACAGGCCACAGCGUACGGCAUCAGUAAACCGGGCGUGUCUACGCAGGUGGCAGUAAAAAUGCUCAAAGACAAGCACCAGUCGGUGGAGAAGGAGGCCCUGAUGUCUGAGUUAAAGAUGCUGACUUUUAUCGGUCAGCACUCCAACAUCGUCAACCUGCUGGGCGCGUGCACAGGCACAGGACCCAUAUACCUGAUCUUCCAAUACUGUUGCUACGGAGACCUCCUGAACUACCUGAAGAACAACCGAGAGAAGUUCCACAAGUCACUGGAGGACGCCUUUAACAAGGACCGAUUCAGCAGCCUCUACCAGAACUUUCAGCAGAAGAGAAGGUCCAGGUUCCACAGUGAGAUGCAGCAGUCGCCCGACAAUCACUACCUGCCCAUGGCCCCUGUGCACAAAUCAAUGGAGAUGGAAGCUCUGCUCAGCCCCCUCAUCACCACCUCCAUGGACACCACCGAGGAUGUUGUGGUAGAGUCUGAUCUCCAAGAAGAAGAAGAUCUUCAGACUCUGACUUAUGACGACCUGCUGAGUUUCUCUUAUCAAGUGGCCAAAGGCAUGGAGUUCCUCUCCUCCAAGAACUGUAUCCACCGUGACCUGGCUGCGCGGAACGUUCUGGUAACCCGGGGCCGAAUGGUUAAGAUCGGCGACUUUGGUCUCGCUCGCGACAUCGACAACGAUUCCAACUACGUGGUGCGAGGAAACGUGCGGUUGCCAGUGAAGUGGAUGGCACCUGAGAGCAUUUUUAAGGGCAUAUACACCAUGCAGAGUGACGUCUGGGCUUACGGCAUCUUGCUCUAUGAGAUCUUCUCUCUUGGCGUAACUCCGUAUCCUGGGAUGAGCGUUGAUAGUCAUUUCUACACCAUGAUUAAACGAGGCUUUCAGAUGGAGCAGCCGUACUAUGCCUCUGAGCCUGUGUAUAAGGUGAUGCAGUGUUGCUGGGCACUGGAGCCGAAGGAUCGUCCCAGUUUCUCCAAGCUUGUGGCAUUUAUGGAGGGUGAACUGGUGUAUGUGGAGGAGAAGCUGUACUUGAAUGCGGAGGAAAUACGCUACAGUGAUUCCAUCUACCAGAAUGCUUCCAGCAUGUCCGAGUCUACGGAGCCUGACAUAAAGAGAGAUCUCCCUGAACCAGCGGAGACGGACGCACCGUGUAAGGACGAGGAGCCCAAAAAGAUCACAGAUUCGCCUGAACCUGAAGACACAUUAAAAAUCGACGACCUCUAAACGCUCAGAGGGUCGACCCAGCGUUCUCGACUCCAGGGGGGAAACGUUCUCUAUAUGUGACAACCUUAAGCACCAAUAAGCAUUUCUGACCUGUUUGUGACAUAUUGAGAACCGGGUUACUAAUCUAAACUGAAGACAUCCUUUAAUUCAGCCUAUGCCACGGCGUGUUUGGCCAAAAAACAGCAAAAUAAACCAUUUCGCUAAAUGCAGUGAGGGGAAGUUUUUACAUUAUCAUGAAAUGCAUUAAGAUAACUUCUGAGACACGUUUGUUCUUCAAGUUGCAUUAAUAGAGUAAGUGUGGUUUAUUCUUACUGUAUGUUAAUAAUGUUAAUUGCUCUGAAUUGCUUGUUUUCUAUGAAUUUGUAACUGUUUGAACUCUCCUGUGUUUCUCUUUGCCUGUAUCAGACUUUAUCAGCUCAUUUCACCCUAUGGGAAAAUGUGUUCGAAACAAGCAGAGAACUGUCUUUUUCGUAAGCAUUUUUUAAUGUCUAUUUAAGGAACUAUUUUUUUAAAUACUCAUUUUAAUGAUACUAACUAUAUACAAUUAACAUCUCACGUUAUCACAGUACAUUGACUAACCAAUUAAACUAACAAAUUAUCACGAUUAAUACAUUAUUCAAGGAUUACUUGCCGAUAACCAUUUAGUUUUGUAAUACAUAACACUUCAAUAAAACUUAACGUUUACUAACACUGUUGUCUAGCAUGUUUAAAGGACAGCAGAGGGCGCUAGAGUGUUCUUUAUCGUGGGAGUAACACC